AUGUCGGCUUCCGCAGACCCUCACCAUGAGGCGGAGGAGCCUGCCUACUUGGAUGCCGACGAGGCAGAGGAGGUGAUCCAGCAAGAUGAAGACCACCCCAUGGAAUCGGACGACGACGGUGACAACAGGGACGCGGACGGGGACCAACAGAUGGACGAGGAAGACCAGGAGAUCACGCUCCAGAACGACUCCGUCGCACAUUUCGACCACCACACCGACUCCAUCUUCUGCAUUGCUCAGCACCCUAUUCACAAGUCGAUCGUGAUCACCGGGUCCGGCGACGAUACAGCCUACAUCUUCGAUUCGACGCCAGCGGAUGAGCGCCCACUGCUGCCGCAGAGUUACGAGUCGAAUCCGCAGCCCAAGGGCGAGAGGAAGUCGCUUGAGCCGCUCGCGAAGCUUGGUGGACAUACAGACUCGGUCAAUGCCGUGGCCUUCACGGAACCGCGAGGCGACUACGUCGUGACGGCAGGGCUCGACGGAAAGGUGCGAGUAUGGCGUGACUCUACUGCCCAGAAGACGGGCCGCACGUGGGAGUUCGUGGCAGAGGCGCAGGAGGUCGAGGAGAUCAAUUGGGUGGCAGUCUGCCCCUGCGACGACGGCGACGAGGAAAAGAGCAAUGUGAUCGCCCUGGGCGCCAACGACGGCAGCGCCUGGGUUUACAAAAUCGACCAUACCGACUCGGGGCAACCGAUCUCCAUCAUCCAGACUUUCUUCCAGCACACUAGUUCCUGCACUGCAGGUGCGUGGACACCGGACGGCAAACUGCUCGCGACGGUGUCUGAGGACGGGAGCUUCUUUGUCUACGACGUCUUCGGCGCUGCUGCCGCGGCGGGUAUAUCUUACUCUGCGGGUACCAACGCCGUCGUUGGAUACACUCCUGAAGACCAGCGCUUCGCUGUCGAGGGCGGUCUCUACUCGGUCGCCAUUGCCCCAACGGGCGCCUUUGCUGCUGUCGGCGGUGCGGAGGGCCACAUCAAGGUUGUUGGGCUGCCUCGUCUCCCGUCAUCCACCUCCGCGCCCGCAUCGGGCAAAGCGGGUGCCAAAUCCAAGUCCAAAUCAUCUGCUGGCAGUGCACAAGCCGCAGCUGGAACUUCGGGCGCUGGCGCCCUCCUCGCCUCCCUCCAGGCCCAAUCCGAGAGCGUUGAGAGCUUGUCAUUCUCGUCGCCUCCUUUGACUCUCCUCGCAGCCGGUUCUGUGGACGGCUCGAUCGCCCUCUUCGACACUGCCCACCAAUUUGCCGUGCGCCGACAUAUCAAAGAGGCCCACGAAGGCGCGGCAGUCGUGAAGGUGGAGUUUGUGCGAGAUUCCCCGAGCCCGGCCUCCGCGCCUCGUCCAGGCCUUCCUGCCGCCGCCGCAGCAGUCGCAGGACAAGGACGGUCAUGGCUCCUGACCUCCGUGGGAAUGGACGGGGUGGUUCGACGGUGGGAUACGCGGGGCGGUACCGCGACUGCUGCCCAGGGACUGCUCAAGGAGUGGAGAGGCCACACCGGGAUCACGGAGAACGAAGGAGGCGAACAGUCUGGUGGUAUUCUCGGGUUUGUCCAAGGCGGCGAUGGGAAAAGAAUUGUCACGGCGGGUGACGACGGUGUUGCGCUCGUAUUCGAGGAAUAA